UUCUGCAGAAUAAAUAGGAGGCUGAAGCGAGAAACAUUCAGCUGUUUGUGUGAUCACAUGACGCUCAGACUGAUAAAGUUCAGGAGGUUUCCUGCAGCUUGUGUUUACAGCUUCAUCGUGUGGUGUGCAGAGGUACUGCAGGACUUCACUGUCUGUGUCUUCAGAGUUUUCUAUUCCCUCUGUGGUGUCGAGGAGAUACGAUCACAGCUCGUUCAUCUGUUUAUUCUUAAGAAAUCAAUAUUUCAGAACACUGACUGACUGCUGGUGUUUAUCUGACUCCGCCCCCUCUGUGAUGUGGGCCGGGCUUCAUGAGUCUUUAUAAGCCAGGGCUUUGUGUCUGAGAGAGACUCUCUCUGGACCCACCAAGACCUCCUAAUCCUCCAGACCUGACCGUGUCCUCCUGCUGGGAACUCCAGCUCUUAUUGUACACCUCCUGCUCUCUUUCUUCUCCUCUUCUUCAGACUCCUGCUGUGACAGAUAAAAGCCUCCAGGUCUCAUUCAUCUCAGCCUCAUGGAGAUCUCCGGGAUACUCCACUCCCUGCUCUUGCUCCUCCUCCUCUCUGUCCUCUGUGGAUGUGAGGCGUCUCCUGAAGUAUCCUCAGAGGACCCUGAUGCUGCUCCAGACAGAGACCUGGUUGAUGCUGUGGAGGCUCUGCUGUCCAGGAUUCACUCUCGAGUUUCCUCCACCGAGAAGAGAGGAAGCAUCCCACUGUGUGGGAUGGGCGAUCGUUGUGCGAUGAAGUUCGGGCCUCGUAUCGGGAAGUUGUGUGACUGCGGCCGAGGAGCGAACUGUAACUCAUACUUGCUGAAAUGUCUCUAAGGAUCUUCACAAACACUGUGUGUUCAUUUGUGUGUGUUAAUGUGUGUGUAUGUGUGUGUGUUCAUGUGUGUGUAUGUUCAGUCUGAGGAGGAGCAUGAGUCGGUCAGUUGUCCUUGCAGCAUGUUUCUGUGGAAAUGUUAAUCAAACACAUUCCUCUUCACGUCUGUCACCGACUGAAUUUAUUGUAUUGAUUCUUCAUGCCUGUUUUGUUUGAUUUGUGUUUAACUUGAAAAAUGUUUGUGAAUCAUUCUGGACUCUUGCAGCUUUUAAUGGAGUCAGAAGCUUUUAUUUUUUUCUUCUAGCUAAUGUCAUGUCUGAUUAUUGGGAAUUAAAUCAACAUUAAAGAACAAACAGUCCUUAAAAAGAAACUUUAAAAAUGUGGUGAAAUCUGAAUCUGUAAUAAAGCAUG